AUGCUCUUUCUGCUGGUGGUAUACAUUGUAAUUGCCGCAUCGCCGGCCAACUCCGAGUCUCUCUAUGAUAAAAAUGAUCCGAUAUUGGAGUUAGAUAUCGACACAUUCAAGCCAGCAGUUUAUGGAACGAAGAAGGCUCACUUUGUCGAAUUCUACUCAUCCUGGUGUGGCGCUUGCAUUGGAUAUGCUCCAACAUUUAAAAAAUUUGCAAAGCAGCUCGAGAAAUGGGCUCCAUUGGUGCAAGUUUCGGUUGUGAAUUGCGCGGAAGACAAAAAUAUGCCGCUUUGCCGGGAGCAUUCCGUUAGCUCAUACCCAACAUUGAAGUAUUUCAAAUACCUCUCAGCGACUCACGAGGAUGGAAUGAGAUACAGCGGAGACAAGUAUGAUGUCGACAAAAUGGAGCAUGAUAUUGCGGGACUUGUUCAAGCUGAUGCUCAGAGACAGCAGCCGGAAAAUUGGCCAAGCUUCUUACCAGUUUCAGAAUCUUCAACCCUCCAAGAUAUUUUUAAAUCCAUUGGAAAUACCCCAUUCUUGGCUUUAGUGGCUCAGGAAAAUCCAGCGGUUAUGGCGUGGGCGAAUAUAAUUAACUAUUAUAAUAAUCCUGCUCUUCGCGUUGCUCACAUUCCAGCAAAUCAUCCAAUUGCAUCACAAUACUUUUCCGAUGGAAAAUCUCAUGCUCUUCUCUUCAGCAAAGACAAUCUUCAACCACUUUUGAAGAUUGAAAACAUUCAGAAAUGGUACGAUGUCCAAGAGAAAAUUGAAGAAGUCAUUGGGGACAAGAUUUCGAACUCGGCAACUGCUAGCCCACCAAAUGCUGCGCCGGUAAUUGCUUCUCCAGCAGCCGCAGCCAAGCAUAAUCAAUUCGAAGUGCAGCUCGUUGACUUGAAGAGCGCUAUGAGCUAUAUGCUUUACAAGGAGAUUCCAAGACGUCAGGAAAUUAGAGAUGAACCCCUUGAGGCGUUAAAACAAUGGAUGCACACGUUGAAAAAGUAUGCGCCAGGAACUACACCAAUGCGACGACUUUUCUACCGACUUGACGAAUAUAUCCAAUUGCAAUCCGUUGUUACUGCUGAUGAUUGGUUAGCCAAAGUUGAUGAGAUUCAGCAAUCGCUGGGAAACCCAAUACCAAAGGAGAUUAAAUGGAUGGCAUGUUCGGGAUCGAAACCAAAUCUUCGCGGAUACACUUGCGGAUUGUGGACGCUUGCCCACACUGUCACUGUCGAGGCGUAUAAACAGGAAAUCGACAACAACAAUUUCAAGCCGGUCACUGAUGUUUUGGAACCGUUCCGAGCUUUUAUUUACCAUUUCCUUAGCUGUUCGGAGUGCGCGAAAAACUUCACAAAAGAGGCUGAGAAGAAUCAAUUGCAUCUCGUCACUAGAGCAGAAGAUGUCUAUGCUUGGCUUUGGCGAGUGCAUAACUUUGUCAAUGCUCGGCUUUCCGGAUCACCAACUGACGAUCCGGCGUAUCCUAAGCAGCAGUUCCCUCCAAAGUCAUUAUGCCCCGAUUGCUACGACGCCAGUGGAAAAAUUGACGAACAAAAAGCUCUUCCAUUUGUUUUUAAAUAUUACUCUGAUAUUAAAUCUGAUCCAGCGGAGUCAGCUCCUGGAUAUAAGGUUGUUGAAUACAAGGACGGCAAGAUACUAUCUGCUGGACAAAGACACUUGAAUCCGAAAUUCCAAGUUCAUGCCAACAAGGUUGACAAGCUUGAAGCGAACGACGAGUUUAAAAAAUCGUUGGAUGGAAGUCCACAUAGAGAAUGGAAGAAUAUUGAUGGUUAUGAUCGAGCCGAGCCAUCCCGUUCACACUUCUACCUCCUUUGGCUCUCAAUUAUUGGCUGCAUUCUCAUCUUCGUUUAUUGCAAAUACCGGCGGAAUAGAUCAAAGUUUUGGAAAACUUUUUAUUAUCAGAAUGAUUUUAAACUUUUCCCUUGGACUUCCUUACGGGUAAAGCGGAAUAUCGUGUGA